AUGACCAAGGCCAAAAAAGCUGUAAGUUUGUUUUCUAUGCUAUCCUUUAUGUUUUAGGCACAAAUUGGAUCAAAAAGAUUGAAUAUAGAGUAAAAUACGGGGUUUAAAUUUUUGUUCUUUAAUUUUCCCUAAUUUACCCUUACAUUUAGGGAACAUCCGGAGCCGCCACAGCCUUUGUGAGCCGUAACAGAGCCUUGAGAAAGCUUCAGCUAUCGUUGAAGGACUUUAGAAGAUUAUGCAUUAUCAAGGGGAUCUACCCAAGAGAACCAUUGCACAGAAAGAAGGCUCAAGGUGGAUCAAGCGAAAACCGAGUAUUAUACUCGUUGAAGGACAUCAAGUUUUUGCAAAAUGAGCCGUUGAUCAACAAGUUUAGAGAGGAUAAGGUAAGAAGCUUGAUUUUUAUUGGAAUUUUUUAAAUUUAGGCAAUUAUGAUAUGGAUAUAUGUCGGUCAUGGGUAAUGUCGAAUUUCUCGAAAUUUUGGAAGCGUUUUGAAGGUUUUAGUGUUGUAUAAGCUAAAGAAACUUUUUAAGAUGUUUUUUCUGAAAUCUUAAGGUAUUGACAGCUAAAAAUGCGAUGAAGCGAUGUGUUUUUGAUCAACAUAUAUAUGGGCACGGUUAACUUACGAUUGUUUAAAUUUUAAGCAAUUUUUUUGGAGUUUUGUUGUUAAAUCUAUUUAGUCUUUGAUACAGCAAUGCUCUUUCUAAAUUUUUAUAAGCUUAUAGCUUUAUUAAACGUCAUAACUUUCAGAUUUUCAUGCGAAAGAUCAAAACAGCGAGAGUAAAGCGCGAGAACGGAAAAAUCGACCGUUUGAUUAAAAACCGACCAGAAUUUGAGCUUGAUCACAUUGUCAGGGAAAGAUACCCGACUUUCACGUCCGCCAUUCGAGAUAUGGACGAUUGUUUAUGUCUUAUUGCUGCAUUUUCUGUGUUACCACAAACCCGAGUUAUCAGAAGACAGUUAAUUGAUGAUUGCCGUCGAUUCUUGGCCGAGUUUUAUCAUUACAUCAUUGAAGCUCAUGCUUUGACCAAGGUUUUUGUUAGUAUUAAAGGUAAGAAGGUAUUGUUUUAGGUUGAUUCGGUAUAUUAUUUUAGGUUUUUUGUGAUUUUUUUAUCUAUUAGACUUUUAUACCUUGUUCUAUUAGACUGAUAUAGGUAUGUAUAUUAACUAUUAAUAUUUUUUUUGUUCAUUUUUUGCGGUUACUCACCUUUUAUAUUAUAUUGUUUUAGGCGUCUACUAUCAAGCCUCGAUCUUUGGCGAGAAAGUCACGUGGCUGGUUGGUCAUGAACAAAGAGCUGUUGGCAAAAUCAAGGAUCAGAAGGUGGAUAUUCCAGUCAUGACUACUUUUGUUCAAUUCUACACAACUAUGCUGAAGUUUGUCAACUUUAGACUCUACAAAGGCAUUGGGCUAUAUUAUCCACCAAAGAUGGCGGUUGAAGAGGAAAAUCAUUGUAAGUCGGUAUUCACGAUAUUGUUCUUGGAUUUUUAGGUGUAAGCGUGGAUAAUAUGGCCUGUUGUGAUUAGAAAUCUACAAAAUGGCAGAAAAUCCUUGAACUAUCAAUUUUUAUUAUUGUUAUAGAUAAUUUUGCUACUAUUUGACUCAAAAAACGAUUUUAGACGAAGAGGACGAGCUGGUAACAGACAAAAUCUAUUCGAUUGCCAAGCCACUGGUAAAGAAAUCAGAUGGCAAAGAGGAUCAAGUUGAGAUUGACACUUUUGACACGGAAGAAAGCUCCGAACAGCUAGCUCAACGUAUGAAGGAAGCCGAAACUCUGAGGUCAUUGUUUGCCAAGAACUACUUUUGGUUGGGCAGAGAAGUCCCAAAGGAAGCUCUGACUUUGGUCAUUAGGAACUCUGGUGGUCAUGUUUGUUGGGAUGAUUGUCCUGCUAAGCUAUACGAUGAAAAGUCUCCAGUCAUUACUCAUGUCAUCGUGGACAGACCUAACACUACGGUUAAUGCUAGCAGGUGAGGAAAUGAAGUUAUAUAGUGGUAUAUGGUUAAACUGGCAUAAAAUGUGGUUAAGGCGUUGAGAAUUGAAAGAACUUUGUUUACACGGCAAAAUUGACAAGAACUUUCUUUACAAAACAGAAAAUGGCAAAAACUUUCUUUACAAAACAGAAAAUAGCAAGAACUUUCUUUACAAAACAAAAAAUGGAAAGAACUUUCUUUAUAGAACACAAAACGGCUCAAAUUUAAAUAAAAAUUUUAUUUUUUAGAAAAUUCGUUCAACCCCAAUGGGUAUUUGACAGUUUCAACGCCAGAAGACUUUUGCCAGAGCAGAAAUACGCUCCAGGAGCCAAGCUGCCACCUCACUUGAGUCCAUUCGUCGAGGAGAAGGUCGGAGAUUAUGUUCCAAUCGAAAGAAUCGAACAACUCAAGGCUGAUGGAAAAGGUAACGGUUUUUGUAUUGUUUUUGGUAUUUAGGUCUUGAAGAGGACGAAUAUUGUGAUACUUUGGGUUCUAUCUUGGGUAUCACAAGGUUAUAGGUAUUUUAUGGCCUGUAGAGAAAGUUUUUGCUAUUUUUUGUUUUAUAAACAAAGUUCUUGUCUUCAAAAUCUAAUUUUUUGAAUUUCCAGAUGUUACCUAUCUUCUGGAAGACCUCGAGACCACCGUGAACCCAGUCCAACUCAAAAAGAAGCCUGUCGUUCAGCCUAAAGUCCACGCCGUCAACAUGGAAACGGGUGUGGCUGUGAAGAAGGGCCGUGUUCACAAAGAUAACCCUCAAAACAAGAUCAAUCAGGACGGGCAGGAGCUGAAGAUGCGCGAAAUGAUGAUUCCGAAACGCUUCAAACGUGCCUACAAGAAGAUCAAGCACGGUCAGCAGGAGAAGAAGAAGGAGGUGCGAAAAAUGCACGCCAAGAGAUUGGCUGCGAAUUGA